AUGGUGAACGAAACGAGGGAUUACAUCAGUAUUGUUAUCUUAUUCUGUGUGAAUUUGGUCAAUAAUAUAGACAGAUUUACAAUUGCUGGGGUUCUACCUGAAGUACAGAGCUACUACGAUAUUAAUGACUCAAUGGGAGGCAUGAUACAGACAGUGUUCCUCAUUUCUUUCAUGAUUGCUUCUCCAAUUUGCGGUUAUCUGGGUGAUAGGUUUAAUCGAAAAUAUAUCAUGAUGGUAGGAAUGGUGAUUUGGUUGAUUUGUGUUUGUGGUUCGACGUUUAUUCCUGGAAAUCUCUUCCCUCUAUUUCUCGUCUUACGAUCACUGGUUGGAAUUGGGGAGGCUAGCUAUGUGAACAUCUGUCCCACCAUGAUCAGUGAUAUGUUCACAACGGAUAAGCGUACAAGAGUCUACAUGCUUUUCUAUCUUGCUGUUCCCGUUGGAAGUGGUCUGGGAUACAUCAUCAGUUCGAAUGUGGCAAGUCUAACCGGUUAUUGGCAAUGGGGUGUGCGAGUCACUGGAAUCGGUGGUGUCAUUGCUUUGUUGGCUCUUCUUUUCUUGGUCUAUGAGCCGGAACGCGGAGCUGCAGACAAAGUUGAAGGAAAAGAGUCUGUCAGACGGACGACGUCAUAUAUGAAGGAUCUAAGAAUUCUUUUGAGAUGCCCAACCUAUGUAGUCACUACUAUGGGAUACACUUGUCUCAUAUUUGUGAGUGGAACUCUGACAUGGUGGAUGCCAACUAUUAUUGAAUACUCCGCCGCAUGGACCAGAGGAUACGCUAGCAUUAAACAACUUCCAUCAUCUUUCAAAAACCAAACUGGUAUCAUUUUUGGUCUUCUCACAACAGCUGGUGGUAUCAUUGGAGUACUUCUAGGAAACAUCAUAGCUCAAUGCUUUCUAUACGGAUGGCUCGGACAAUGGAGCAAAACCAAACGUGGUCAUUUGAUCGCUGCUGGAUUGGGAGCAAUGAUCGCGACGCCUUGUCUACUUGCUCUUUUCACGUUGGGUCAUAAAAGUGAAAUUCUAACUUGGGUGCUUGUCGGCAUCUCGUGUACUGGACUGUGUUUUAAUUGGAGUUUGAAUGUUGAAGUAUUCAAUCAAGUGGUAGCUCCGGAAAGAAGAAGUACUGCAUUUUCAUAUGUCACAUUGGUUUCUCAUUUAUUUGGUGAUGCAUCAGGACCAUAUAUUAUUGGAGCUAUUUCGGAUAGCAUCAAGUCUGGACACGUCGACUCUCCUGAAUGGGACUACAAAUCUCUAGCUUAUGCUUCUUUGUUAGCUCCUUUUAUGAUGGCUGCUUCAACCCUUUUAUAUUUGCUGGCUGCAAUUCUUUUCAAACGAGAUGCAGCUAACUUGGAAAGACAAAUGACAAGCCAUAUAAGAAAUGAUGAUAAAAAAGCGGCGUACUCUCUUGACAUCUGGAGCGACGAUUGUCUUGACAAUACUUCUAAAUUCUGA